AUGAAGAUGAACAGAACAAUUGUGUUUCUUUGCCUCGUGGCAAUAGCCUGGGCAGCCCCACUCUCUCACAAUGAACAUAGUGCCACUGGAGAAAAUAAGGAUGUAUCAAUUGCAAGUAGCAUCAGUGAACAUUAUGUUGUGAAGAAUAACAAGGAAAGUUACGAACUCCAAAUUUCAAGGAAAGUCAAUGGAAAUACCAGUCCCAUCAGUGAAGGACACAGUGAUGCUAAAAGUGAAGAAAGCGGAAUAAAAAAAUCCUACACUAGUGCAAGCCCAGUUGAUGGAGCUGCUGAUUUUGUUGAGGCCAAUGAAAAUGGGGAUGGAAAAGCUGAAACCAGCCUUAACAAUGUUAAAACACCUUCAAGUAAGACAAACAAAGUUGCCGAUGGAAAAGGUGCUGGAAGGAAAAGUACUAAUGGUAAUACGGAAGAUGAGAUCUUUAGCUACUCACCCAAUGGCACUGGAGGAGGAAAUGUUCAUUAUGCAAGCAAAACAGAAUUUUCUAGACUUGAUCAAAAUGAUGAGAAUAGCACAGAUGGAGAGAAUGCCAGUUCUAGAAAUAUAGCUGGAGACAGACAUGAUGAUACUGCAAGCAGCCGUAGCAACCAAGUUCAAAACCUAACUAGUAAAAACGUAGGUGUGCCUGAAAGUAGUGAGCCUGAAGAAAAUACAAGUCUAAAAGCUAUGGGAAGCAAGAUCUAUGGAGAAAAUGUGCAAUGGACAGACAUGAAUGAAGGUGCCAGUGGUCAUGGUGGAGAUACAUCUGAAGAAGGGUCUACUGAUGGUUGGGGGGAUGGAAACUCUGAAGAAACUAAGGAUAAGACAGAAAUUCACGAUAAUGGGAGCAAAAGUCAGACUCUUGAUGGUACAGGAACAACCGAUUCUAACAGGGGAGGAGAUGGUGACCGAGAUGACUUAGAUGAUUCUCUCAGCACCAGCGAGGAAGACAGUUCCGAAGAACAUAAGAGCAGGAGUGCUGAAAAUAGCGAAACUGUGGAGCUGUGUCACAAAGCAAAGAAGAAUGAACAUAGCAACUUUCAAAAGAGAAGGAAUCGAGACUUAGGCAAUAGCAGCCACAAAAAGGAAGGAAUCGCUGGGAACCAUGUCAUAGGAGGGCUUACUAAGAUGAACAGCUCUCAAGAUGCCAGAAAACAUAGGAACAAACCUAGAGACUCCAGUGACAUCAGCAAAGAAGAUGAGAACAAUGAUGGUUAUAGUUUUAGUAAUGAACUUAUGCAAGGAGAUGACCCCAAUGCAAGCCAUGCAGCCGAAGACUCUGAGAACAGUGAAAAAGAUGAAGAAGAGAGUAACAGUGAGGACAAGAGCAAUGACCACUCAGACAGCAAUGAUGAAGACAGUGGCAGUCAACCACACAGCAAGGAGACUGAGAGUGGCAGUCAAUCAGCAAGUAGUGCUAGCAAAUCUGAUAGCAGUGAUGCCAGAUCUGACAGCAGCAGUGAGAGUGAUAGCAAAUCUGGUAGCAGUCAAAGCAACUCUGACAGCAGCAGUGAAAGCAAAUCUGACAGCAGCAGUGAGAGCAAAUCUGACAGCAGCAGUGAGAGCAAAUCUGAGAGCAGUGAGGGCAAAUCUGACAGCAGCAGUGAGGGCAAAUCUGACAGCAGCAGUGAGGGCAAAUCUGACAGCAGCAGUGAGAGCAAAUCUGACAGCAGCAGUGAGAGCAAAUCUGACAGCAGUGAAAGCAAAUCUGAUAGCAGCAGUGAAGGCAAACCUAACAGCAGCAGUGAGAGCAAACCUAACAGCAGCAGUGAGGGCAAAUCUGACAGCAGCAGUGAAAGCAAAUCUGACAGCAGCAGUGAGGGCAAAUCUGACAGCAGCAGUGAGAGCAAAUCUGACAGCAGUGAAGGCAAAUCUGACAGCAGCAGUGAAAGCAAAUCUGACAGCAGCAGUGAGGGCAAAUCUGACAGCAGCAGUGAAAGCAAAUCUGACAGCAGCAGUGAGGGCAAAUCUGACAGCAGCAGUGAGGGCAAAUCUGACAGCAGUGAAGGCAAAUCUGACAGCAGCAGUGAAGGCAAAUCUGACAGCAGCAGUGAAAGCAAAUCUGACAGCAGCAGUGAGGGCAAAUCUGACAGCAGCAGUGAAAGCAAAUCUGACAGCAGCAGUGAGGGCAAAUCUGACAGCAGCAGUGAGGGCAAAUCUAGCAGCAGCAGUGAGGGCAAAUCUGACAGCAGCAGUGAAAGCAAAUCUGACAGCAGCAGUGAGGGCAAAUCUGACAGCAGCAGUGAGGGCAAAUCUAGCAGCAGCAGUGAGGGCAAAUCUGACAGCAGCAGUGAAAGCAAAUCUGACAGCAGCAGUGAGAGCAAUGACUCAGAGAGCAGUGAAAGCAAAAGUCAAGCUGUUAGCAGUGAAAAUGACAGCCGAUCAGGCACUGAUAAUGAUGCUAGUGAUAAUGAGUCAAAGAGCAAUGAAAGCAACAGCCAAUCAGCAAAUCAUUCUGACAGUGGGACAGCCUCUAUGAGUGACGAAAGUGAUACUGAUGGCAGCGAUGUGGCAGAAACAACAGAAAACACAAGUGACAGUGAUUCUGCAGAGAACAAGGACAGCAAUGGUGGCUCACCUUCAGGCACUGUGGACAGUGAAAGCGAAUCCAUAAGUGAAGGCAGUGAGAGCAAUGACUCAACCAGUGAUUAUUAA